GAAGAGCCGGAGGCGAUGGACGAACAGCUCAGGCGGCCGGGGAGCGCCGAGGGCGCCGGCGACGAGCGCAACAGGAGAAUGAUCCGAAACCAGUACCGGGAGCUCAUCUACAGCGUGCAGCAAAAUCGUGAGGAUAUGCUGAGUUCAAAAACCAACAGGCUGACAGAAGCUUUGGAAGAAGCCAAUAAACUGUUUAGCGGAGUUUCCCGUGCACGAGAGGCUGCGCUGGAUGCCCAAUUUCUUGUCUUGGCAUCAAAUCUAGGAAAGGAGAAAGCCAGCGAGUUGCACUCUGAGAUGACAUCAUUUGACUCACUAGUGUUUGCAGAAGACUUGCUAACCUUCAUGGGCAUAAAUCGCACUGAAGGGCAAGAAGAUGAUAGUGAUUCUGAGGAUGCUCCAGGUGGCUUUUUACCUCGUAAUGCCUGGCAUAAACUGGGAGAAGAAUCAGAAAAGUACUUCAGAAGAGCACCUUCUUUUCACUAUAUGUUGGGAUCUUUCAAGUCUGAUCCUCCUGUACCAAGGCAACGGAUAGAGAGGCAGAGAAAGACAGCAAGAGUGGAAGAAAAACGGGCAAUGCCUGCUCAGUUGAAAAAAAUGGAGGAGUCUCAUCAAGAGGCUACAGAAAAAGAAGUAGAGAGGAUCUUGGGAUUACUGCAAACUCAUUUUAAAAACGAUCCUGAUACACCCAUUUCCUUCUUUGAUCUUGUGAUUGAUCCAAACUCUUUUGCACGCACUGUAGAAAACAUCUUUCACGUUUCCUUCAUCAUAAGGGAUGGCUUUGCAAGAAUAAAGCUGGAUGGUGAUAAAUUGCCAAUGAUAGAGCCUACAAAAGACAAUGAGAGAAAGGGGAAUGACCACAACAGUGGAGCACGGAACCAGGUUGUCCUAUCUCUGAGCCAUCAAGAAUGGAAGGAGAUUGUAGAAACAUAUGAAAUAACGGAACCUAUGAUUAGCCCUCCUUGUCAGAGAGAUGAAGAUGAAAUGGACAUAGCUUAAUUCUUCAAGUGUCUUAAUGUUUCCUCUGGAAGAUAUGUAUAUAUUG